AUGCUGGUGCCGUCAGACACGGUGGCAGCCCAGUCCAAGCUGCUGUACCAGCUAAGUAAAUUCUACGGGGAGCGGGUGCAAGCCCGCAAAGUGGCCGUCGCCAAAACGGUCAAAGACGUCUGUAAAGUGGUGCAGGACGUGCUGAAGGAGGUGGAGGUGCAGGAACCCCGCUUUAUCUCCUCGCUUAAUGAAUGUAACAGUAGGUUCGAUGGCUUGGAGGUGCUCUCGCCGACCGAGUUCGAGGUGGUUCUUUACCUCAACCAGAUGGGUGUGUUCAACUUCGUAGACGACGGAUCUUUACCUGGCUGUGCCGUCUUGAAGCUCAGUGACGGGCGAAAGCGUUCCAUGUCGCUCUGGGUAGAGUUCAUCACGGCCUCUGGCUAUCUGUCUGCUCGGAAGAUUCGCAGCCGUUUUCAAACGCUCGUGGCUCAGGCGUGCGAUAAGAGCAGUUUCAGAGACGUGGUCAAGAUGGUCGCCGACACUACAGAGGUCAAACUGCGAAUCAGAGAACGCUACGUAGUGCAGAUCACACCGGCGUUCCGCUGCAGUGGACUUUGGCCGCGGUCAGCAGCCCACUGGCCAAUCCCACACAUCUCUUGGCCCAACCCCAACCUAGUAGCCGAAGUGAAAGCCGAAGGGUUUGAUCUGUUGUCUAAGGACUGCAUAUUUCUUCAGGGUAAACAAUCUUCAAUGGAAGGUGACGCUUGGGUGUUAAACUUCACGGAAGCUGAGAAGAGCCUGCUGAGCGGCGGCUGUCGGAAGAAGUGCUUGAACAUCCUGAAGACGAUGCGGGACCGUCACCUAGAACUGCCGGGAAAUCCUGUCACGAGCUACCAUCUCAAGACCCUGCUACUGUACGAAUGUGAAAAGCACCCCCGAGAGGUGGAGUGGGACGAGACAUGUCUGGGUGACCGACUGAACGGUAUAUUAUUACAGAUGAUCUCGUGUCUACAGUGUCGCCGCUGUCCUCACUACUUCCUCCCCCAGCUCGACCUCUUCAAAGGGAAGUCUCCCAGCUCCUUAGAGAACGCGGCCAAACAAUGCUGGCGCCUGACCCGAGAACUGCUGACCAACCCUCGGUCAUUAGAAAAGUUGUGACAACGUUAAUCGCUUUUCUGAAGUAAGAGAAGACUUUGACAACUUUUCUAGAGUUUACACUUUCUUACCACAGUAUAGCAAGAAGAAGCAGAACCUUGGACGCUGUUAUGAUAAGAUCAGACAGAAUCCUGGAAAUUGUCGUGAUAAGGUCAAAUAUAAUCCUGGACGUUGUCGUGAUAAGGUCAGGCACAACUCUAGGCGUUGUCGUGAUAAGAUCAGACAGAAUCCUGGAAGU